CUGAGGUGGAAUUCGAACCCGGAUCCCUGCGAUGUGGCCUUGGGGGUCCGGAAUAACAAUCCAGUGAUAAUGCCGUGCGGUUCAUCGCCUCCCCAUGUCUUUCAGGACGGCACAGCUGGUGUCAAAAUACCGUCCCCGAGCUCCCAUCGUCGCGGUGACUCGGAAUGAGCAGGUCGCUCGUCAGGCUCACCUCUAUCGGGGCAUCUUCCCAGUGCUCUACCUCAAGAAGGUUCAUCAGGUCUGGUCUGAGGAUGUGGAUCAGAGAGUUAGCUUCGCCAUGGACAUAGCUAAAGCCCGUGGGUUUGUCCACGUUGGGGACAUGGUCAUCGUGCUGACAGGCUGGCGCUCUGGAGCAGGCGCCACCAACAUCAUGAGGGUGAUGCCCGUUCACUGAGGGCAGGGAGCUUGACCUUUAACCUGCGACCUCCUCUGUAGCUGCUUGGCAGUGUCGAGACCAGGGGCUGAGAAAAUAAAACGGUCUGCUGUUGGA